UUGUAUUUCACCGAUUCCCGAUUCGCGCUUUCCACCGUGCAUCUGCUCCGGGAUUUGCCCUGGUUCACCUGCACCUGAUGCAUGCGAUAAUUUCUCCCGCCCACCGGUCAAAGCAGUGGAACAUCAUCACGUGAGGUUGCAUCAUGCCUUCAACUGCCUUCGCGCAAAACCGACGGAGUCUCUGAUCUCAGAGAGAGAGAGAGAGAGAGAGAGAUUAUUGGUCUUUCUUUGCUGCUCUCGUUUGUUUUUAAUUGGUUGAAUGAAAGCAUAAUUUGUGUAAUUUAUUAUGCUACAAUACCGAGUUCUCUAAGCAGCAUACAUUUUCUGACUUCUAUCUGCAGUCAGUGAAGACUUAUUGGUGACAACUGAAUCACUGGGAGGGGAGGGGAAAAAGUGUGCUGAUAAGGAUACCAAGAUAUGGGUUUUCUGGAACUCUUUAUCACUGCAACAGUGCCAGUUAUGAAUGUUCUUCUGGUGACUGCCGUCGGAUCAUUUCUCGCAACAAGUUAUGUUGGAAUUCUGAGCGAAGCUGCAAGGAAGCAUUUGAAUAAUGUUGUGUUCUUCGUAUUUAAUCCAGCUCUUGUGUCAACUAAUUUGGCUCAGACAAUCACUAUGGAGAGCAUGGUUUUAUUGUGGUUUAUGCCAAUCAAUAUCCUUCUCACCUUCAUUAUCGGUUCAUUAUUUGGAUGGCUUGUCAUCCAAAUCACCAGAGCCCCUACCAAUUUGAGGGGCCUUAUUUUGGGCUGUUGUGCAGCUGGAAAUUUAGGCAAUAUGCUUCUCAUUAUUGUCCCUGCUAUUUGUAAAGAAAAAGGCAGUCCUUUUGGUGCUCCUGUUGUUUGUCAUACAUAUGGCUUAGCAUAUGCUUCUCUAUCGAUGGCUAUAGGUGCAAUCUUUCUGUGGUCUUAUGUAUACAAUAUUGUACGGAUAUCUGCAAAAGGCAAAAUGGAUACCAAUUUUCACCCUCGUACAAUGGAGUUUCCAGAAGGAAGCACGAGUUUAAUUCCAGGGAGCUGCACAAUUGGGGCAGUUACAACUCAUAACUGCUCGAUAUCUGAUCAUUAUGCAGAUGAAAGCACACUUCCUCUCUCUAGGUCCGACGAGUCCUCUGCUAAGAAGGUACCAUUUUCAGUCAAAGCUCGAAAAUUGCUGUCAACACUGUCAGGAGUAAUUGACUUAAAGAAAUUGUUUGCUCCUUCUACUAUUGGAGUGAUUGUUGGUUUCAUUAUCGGAGUCAUUCCUCAAAUUAGAAAAGCGAUGAUUGGUGAGGGUGCCCCUCUCCGUGUGAUUCAAGAGUCAGCUGCUUUGUUGGGUGAUGGAGCAAUUCCAACACUCACGCUGAUAAUGGGAGGAAAUCUUAUCAAAGGUUUGCGUGGUUCAAGCAUCCGGCUGUCAAUUAUUAUUGGGGUUGUAGUUGUUCGGUAUAUCAUGUUGCCCCUGGUCGGCAUAAUUGUAGUUAAAGGGGCAAUUCGUCUGGGCCUGGUGCAUUCAGAUCCUUUAUAUCAAUUCAUUCUUUUGGUGCAAUAUGCACUUCCACCUGCAAUGAACAUUGGCACUAUUACGCAAUUGUUUGGGGCUGGUGAGAGUGAAUGCUCCGUCAUUUUUCUCUGGGCAUAUGCCCUGGCUUCACUUUCACUCACACUGUGGUCCACUUUUUUCAUGUGGCUCGUAUCAUGAUCAAUUUUAAGCUCAAGAUGGGAUAAAAAGAAUAAUUGUUGGCAGCAUCAAACCCCAAGUAUCACACAGCAGGCUUCUCAUAGCUCUGCAUAUUGAUUGUUUUUGUGGGAGGUGUUUUCAUGGAAUGUUCUGAAAUGACAUCAAACAUGAAGCUGGUUCUCAAAAAGAAAUCAAAUAUAUGAAGCAAAUCUGUGAUUAAAGAGGUCAGAAAAUUGAAUGGAGUGCCAAUUCAACUCUUCAUGCAGCUUUACCACAUUCAUAUGCAUUUUUUUAUUGGAAAAUUGAUGCCUUGCAUUUCUUUUUUUUCAAUUGUAAGUUGCGUUCGUUUGAUUUGAAAAAGGAGACUGUUAAUUUAGUCCAGACAUGGUUAUGGAAUAGCAUUUUUUUUCCUCUUA